AUGGAUUAUCAAAAAUGCUUAGAAAUUAUUAAGUCGGGGAACAUCCUUCCCGAGAACGACUUCAAAAGGCUUUGCAACGCCGUUAAGUCUAUUUUAAUUGAAGAGUCGAAUGUACAACCGAUCUCGACACCGGUCAUAGUCUGUGGUGAUAUCCAUGGUCAGUUUUAUGACUUGUUGAAACUCUUCUCGAUUGGUGGGGAUCUUCCCGAGAAGAGUUACAUCUUCUUAGGUGAUUACGUCGACAGAGGAAGCCAAGCGAUUGAAGUGUUUUCAUUGUUGAUGUUAUACAAAGUGAUGUAUCCAACACGUAUCUCCUUGAUGCGUGGGAACCACGAGAGUCGACAAGUUACGCAAGUCUAUGGCUUUUAUGAGGAAUGCGUUAAAAAAUAUGGCACCGCAAAUUCAUGGAGAUGGUGCACUGAAGUCUUCGACUAUUUAAAUAUCGCCGCGCUCAUCGACGGAAAGAUCUUUUGUGUUCACGGCGGUCUCUCCCCGGAAAUUAGGACCGUCGAUCAUAUCAGAGUCAUCGUUAAGCGUAACCAAGAGAUCCCUCAUGAAGGUGCAUUCUGUGACUUGAUGUGGUCCGACCCCGAUGACUCAAUCGAUGAUAUGAAACCUUCUAUGAGAGGCGCUGGCUACAUCUUUGGGGCAAAACCAGUGUUGGAGUUCUGCCAAAUUAAUAACUUGGAACUCAUCGCGAGAGCCCAUCAAAUCGUUCAAGAAGGGUAUAAAUACCAAUUCAACGACAAAAUGGUGACUGUCUGGUCCGCGCCAAAUUACUGCGGAAGAUGCGGAAACGUCGCUUGUAUCAUGAAAGUCGGCACCGACUUGAAACGCGAGUUCCCUAUCUUCGACGCAGUGCCUGAGUCGGAGAAGCCAGUCCCACCCAGAACUACCCCAGCGUUCUUCGUGUAG